AUGAAAAUAACUCUCAAUUUGACGGUGAAAUAUGCAACAUUUGAGUCAGUUGCUCGAAAUGAUACUGAGAAUUUGGAAAAACGGUUUGAAUGGUAUCAGAUUUAUGCGAAAACAGAUCUUGAUUUCUUGAAGAACUGCGUUUUUAUCGAUAAAGCCAGCUUUCAUAUCAACAUGAAAAAUAACUGGGCAUGGGCAGAAAAAGGAGCAACAACCCACAUCAUUAUCGGCGCAAUCGCAGCUGUUGGUGUGAUGCAUGUUGCAUUAAGAAAGCCUCCCCCACCUAAAUCAAGAAGUAAAUCGACGACAAAAAAUCAUGAGGAAGUAGAAGCUCCUCCCAAAGGCAUAACGACAGCACAUUACAUCAAGUUUAUAAAUGAAUUAUUUGAUGUUAUGGAUCGAGAUGAAACAAUGAAAGAAUAUUACUGGGUAAUGGAUAAUGCUACAAUACAAGAAUCACUUCCUAUGCAACGAAAGAUCGAAAUUCGUGGAUAUAAAUUCAAACAUACACGCAAGAAGGCAAAGCUUUUGGAGAAUGAAACGCCAAGCAAUAGAAUUGCUGAAGCUUGUGAUUAA